AUGGGCAGUAUCUCAAAUGUCCAUCAAGCAAACAAUGCUAGAAUUUGGAUUCUCUGGAAUAGUGACUUACUCACAGUCCAAUACUUAAAUUCUUCUGAUCAACAUAUCAACUGUCUGGUUGAAUCAAAAGAUGGUAGGCUCUCUUGUACUAUUACUGUCAUUUAUGCCCUUAAUCAAAUGGAGGGUAGGAGGUCUCUUUGGCAGGAUAUUCUGACACUCAAAAGUCAUAUUAAUGGUCCUUGGUUGCUGGCUGGUGACUUCAAUUCUAUUUUGAGUGGCGAGGAGAAACUUGGUGGUGCACCUAUCUCAGAUACCGAUACAUGUGAUUUUCAAGAGUUUAUAUCCUCAAGUCAUCUUAAGCAUCUCAAAUCUACAUGCUGCUAUUUCACAUGGUGCAACAAACAAGAUGUUGACACUAGAAUAUGGUCUAGACUUGAUAGAGUAUUGGUCAAUGAUGACUGGAUUCAUAAUUAUACCUCAAGUCAAGUUGAAUUCUUAUUACUUAACUGUUCUGAUCAUUCCCUUGCCCUCUUAUCAAUUGAUGAUGAAGAAUUUGAAGGUAAAAGGCCAUUUAGAUUCUUUAACAUGUGGACAAAUCAUUCUGAUUUUAUUCCGAUAGUUAAAGUUAUCUGGGAACAAGAUAUCAAUGGCUACAACAUGUACAAACUUUUCCAGAAACUCAAAUGCUUGAAGCCUGUUUUAAAGAAUCUGAACAAAAGACAUUUUAUGAAUAUAAGUGAACAAGUCUUAAGAGCUAAAGAGGAGCUUGAAGAUACACAAAGGCAACUGAUUGAUGAACCCUUCAAUUCAAAUCUGAUCUCCAAAGAAAAGGCAUGUUCCUCCAAAUAUCUAUGUCUACUUAAUUGUGAGGUUUCUUUUUAUCAACAGAAAGCAAAUAUUAAAUGGGGACUUCAUGGGGAUAAAUUCUCACAGUUGUUCCACUCUCUAAUGAAGAACAGGAGACAUCACAAUAGGAUUUUGUCAUUGUAUACAGAUCAAUGA